AUGGAUGAUCUUGAUUUCACUUCGUUAACUGGCCAACUAAAAAAUUCCAAUGGUGUUAUACAUCAUCAAUUCAGAUCAGAUAUUUUUAUUAUUAGGGCAUAUAAAUUGAUCUCACAAAGUUCUGUUGUCAACGGACAUAACAUGCAAAGUGUCAUUAAUUCACCUCAAACAUCAACUACCACCCCUGCUUCGACUACUAGUAGUUUGAAUAACGUUGGUUCGAAAGGCAUGACUGUAUCUGAUGCUGAUAACAAUCAUAGCACACACAGCAAUAAUAGUAACAACAAUAAUAAUAACAAUGGUGGUGUCACGAGUUCCAUUAAUAAUAUUAGUGCACAAUACACAACUAUUUUUGUGAAACUAGCAAAGCUAUAUAAUAUAAUAAUUUCAAUGGGGUCGAUUAGUGAUAGAUCCUCUUCUCCAAAAUCUUCAAUGGAAUUAUAUCAAAGAUUUAAACAAAUAAUUAAAGAACUAGACUUAAGUUACGAUGUCAGCCCGUAUGCACAAUAUUUCAAGAGAAUAGAUGAUGGCAUAUGGCAAAUUAAAGAAGACAGGGAAUUAACUAAUGACCAGUUGUGGCAAUCAAUAACAGUUGCAAUCUUAUCUAUUUAUGAUCCGAGGACAGGACAAAUAAUCUAUCAAAACCGUAACAAUUUUGGAGGCAAAAAUGAUAUUAACAAUAAUGACAGUCCGAAUAAUAACUUUUCAAAUAAUAAUGGCAUUAAAACGAAUAACAGUCCGAAUAACAUUGGUAUGAACAACAAUGGUAAUAAUGGUAAUAAUAAUAACAAUAACAACAACAACGCUAACAAUAAUAAUGAGAAUAAUAAUGAGAGAAAUGGCAUUAACAGUUUGAGAACAGCCACUACUAAUAAUUCGCCAACGAAUUUUAAUAACGAUAACGAUAAUGAUACACAAGGUAAUGAUAAUAUUAACAAGAAUGGAAAUAAUAAUAUCAAUAACAAUGACAAUGAUAUUACUAAUAAAGGUGUAGGAAACCCAACAAUUAACAGUAUGCUAAUGGAUGCAUCACUUCCCCAACAAUUACAAAAAAGGUUACAAUCUAUAAGUCAAGGUAUGAACUCAAGAUCUGUAAAUGGUUACUACACACAACCAACAAGUCCAGGUGCAUACGCAGGAUUUUCUUUUAAUCAAACAGAAGUGGACCCAAACUCACAAUUGAAUUACCAUGACCCAGGAAACGUUAAUAUUUGGAAAAGAAAAUCUUUGAGUUCCUUAGAUGUCGAUACUCUAGAUGAUGUUGCUGUUGAAGAAUUAUUACAAUUAACUUCAGUAAAUAAGAAGCAAAAACCAAAUUAUGCGAAUGGCAACCCAAAUAAUUCUAAUUCGAAUGCUGUCAACGUCAUGAAUUUUACAGAUGGUUCAGGAAAUCCAAUUUUUGUCAAUAGUAUCGGUAGCAAUGACUUUGAUAACUCUAAUCCCGUAAACGGUAAUCAAUCCAUGAAUAAUCAUGACACUAAAAGUAAUUUCAAUACAGCAACUAAACAACCUAAAUCAAAGGGUAAGGCCAGGAAUUCAAGAGCAGGUGUAGGAUCACGUAAAGGCAAGAAUGCAAAAAAUAAUAGUAAUAAUAACAAUAAUAAUAGUAAUAGUAAUAAUAAUAUCAGUAAUUCCCAAAUGAAUGAGAUGAAUAAUAUGGCUUCAAAUAUCAUGCAUAGUGAUGCAGUUUCGGAUAAUAUGGCUAAACAAGUUGUCAGCACCUAUAAUGCACUAAUCCUUGAAAAGGAUCAACGUAUCAUUCAACUGGAACGUGAAUUGGAAUUACAAAGACAAGAAACUCAAUGGCUAAGAAAGAUGCUGAUCGAAGAUAUGGGUUGCAUAAGAAGUAUGUUAACUAAUAUUAGAAAAUAG